GGGCCUGGUGCAGGUGCAUGUUGCAUAAGCAGAGGGCAGAAGUUUCCCACACCUCCACACAGAAGGUUAGUGGGCCCUGCCCCAAGCUUCCUGACUCAGGACUUCAGUUUCCUGCAGAGGAGAAAUACGACAGGGAGCAGGCUUGGUCCCGGCUCUGGCUCUCUGCCUCUCCACGUGCUCGUGGCCUCUCCCAGCCUGGUGCUAAGCAGUGUCAUGAGUCUGGACCAGGUUGGAGAUUAGUUCUUGGGCAUGGGGGCCCUUCGGGGCUUGGAAGGAGGAGGAGUGGCCAGUCCAGGGUCACCACAGAGAGGGGCAGCUGCCAUCCUUGACAUAUCCCUCCUCCUGGUCAUCCGUGACAGAGGCAGUCAGGCACCCCGGCUGGAAAAGACAGCUGAGAAGGGGGCCUGGGCACACCUGACCUGUGCCAAGCCUUGGCUUCGACCGCCAGGCUCCAGCUUCCCAGGCUCCUCCUCCCAGCCGCUCCCCCACCCCACCCACACACACUUAAUACUUCUGGGACCCAGGCCACCCACUGUGGACUUUGGCAUUAGCUGUAGCUAGUGUGGGAGCCUGGAAAGACUGGGAGCAAAGUCUCUCAAACGGAGCAAAACAAGGAGCUUCAGGCAUUGUGCCGCCUGCUAGCUUUGCCCCGAGGAGGUGAGCAGGGCACCGGGAGCUGGGCGCUCUGAGGGGCGCUCCUGGUAUCACACGUGUUGCCUCGGCUGCCACUGGCAGGUCACUUGGGCUCUGGCCAUGUGGCUGCCUCUGCUGCUGGGAGUCCUGCUCUGGGCGGCGCUGUGGUUGCUCAGGGACCGCCAGAGCCUGCCCGCCAGCGAUGCUUUCAUCUUCAUCACCGGCUGCGACUCAGGCUUCGGGCGGCUUUUGGCACUGAGACUGGACCAGAGAGGCUUCCGAGUCCUGGCCAGCUGCCUGACCCCCUCGGGGGCAGAGGACCUACAGCGGGUGGCCUCCUCCCGCCUCCACACCACCCUGCUGGAUGUCACUGAUCCCCAGAGUGUCCAGCGGGCAGCCAAGUGGGUGGAAACACACGUCGGGGAAGCAGGGCUUUUUGGUCUGGUGAAUAACGCUGGUGUGGCCGGGAUCAUCGGGCCCACACCGUGGCUCACACAGAAUGAUUUCCGUCGGGUGCUGAACGUGAAUACACUGGGUCCCAUCGGCGUCACCCUCGCCCUGCUGCCACUGCUGCAGCGGGCCCGGGGCCGGGUGGUCAACGUCACCAGUGUUUUGGGUCGCCUGGCAGCCAAUGGCGGGGGCUACUGUGUCUCCAAGUUCGGCCUGGAGGCCUUCUCUGACAGCCUGAGGCGGGAUGUGGCUCAUUUUGGGGUCCGAGUCUCCAUCGUGGAGCCUGGCUUCUUCCAAACCCCUGUGACAAAUCUCAAGUGUUUGGAGGACACACUGCAGGAGUGCUGGGUACGGCUACCUCCCACCACACAGGCCCUCUAUGGGGAGGCCUUCCUCACCAGAUACUUGGAAGUGCAGCAGCGCGUCAUGAACCUGAUCAGUGACCCGGACCUGACCAAAGUGAGCAGGUGCCUGGAGCAUGCCCUGACUGCUCGCUACCCGAGAACCCGGUACAGCCCAGGCUGGGACGCUAAGCUGCUCUGGCUGCCGGCCUCCUACCUGCCAGCCAGCCUGGUGGACGCUGUGCUCACCUGGGUCCUUCCCAAACCCGCCCAGGCAGUCUGCUGAAUCCGGCCUUCCAGCAAGAGAUUGUUUGUCCCCACCCUGGUACUGCCUGAGGCCUGGCACGAAAUAAGCGCUCAAUAAAUGUGUCUUGUUAAAAAAACAAACAAAA